AGAUGGAAGCAACAGAUGUUGAGGAGGACGUAGCAGAAGUUGAAGAGGACAACGUAGGUGUUGAAGAGGGCGCAGCUGGAGUGAAAAAGGACAACGUAGGUAUUGAAGAGGACGCAGGAGGAGUGAAAGAGGCCACAGCAGAAGCUAAUAAGGACGCAGGAGGAGCUGGGGAGUAUGUAGCUGGGAUAAGCAAUGAAAGAUUGGAAGUAUUCCGAAGAAUGGCCUUAACCGCGUGGGCUACAGCCAUGGAGCGCAGAUUUCCAUGUGAUACAUGUGAAUAUGUAGCAACUAAUUUAUCUAAUUUAAGACAACACAAAGCCAUCCAGCAUGAGGGAGUGGGCUAUUCAUGUGAUCAAUGUGACUUCUCUACAACCAAAUCAAAGAAUUUAAAACAACACAAAGCUCGAAUACACGAUGGAGUGAGGUUUCCAUGUGAUCAAUGUGACUAUGCCGCAACUCAACUAUCCUACUUAAGAGUACACAUAUCUAGCGUACAUGAAGGUGUGCGAUAUCCGUGUGAUGAGUGUAACUAUUCUACGGCCAAGUUAAAGCAUCUGAAGAACCAUAAAAAAAGCAGACACGAAGGAUUGCGUUUUCCAUGUGAUAGAUGUGAAUAUGUAGCAAGCCAUUCAUCGACUCUAAAGAUACACAUCAAUAGUAUGCACGAAGGAUUAAUGUUUCCUUGUGAUCAGUGUAAAUAUGAGGCUAAUUGUGCAUCUAAUCUUAAUAGGCAUAAGAAAAAGGUUCAUGAAGGUGUAAGAUAUCCUUGUGACAAGUGUGAUUAUCUUGCAACUCAAGUUUCUCAUUUAAAGAAUCACAAAAUUAAGCAACAUACCGUAACUAGUGUGAUUUGUGAGCCUGAGCUUGAUCUUGUAAAAUUUGGACCUGAACCUGUUCUUGUGAAAUCUGAACCUGAAUAUGAUCCUGAACCUGUUCUGGUAAAAUAUGAACCUGAAUCUGAUCUUGCUGAUUAUGAACCUGAACCUGUUCUUGUGAAAUGUGAACCUGAAACUGUUCUUGUGAACUGUGAGCCUAGAACUGAUGAUGAUGGAGAAGUUCAUAUAAAAAAAGAAGUUCUUGAAGAAGAUCCUCUUAAUGAUUUUUAGCAAUAUGAACCUGAACCUGAUCUUGUGAAAUAUGAACCUGAACUUGAUCUUGUGAAAUAUGAACCUGAACUUGAUCUUGUGAAAUAUGAACCUGAACUUGAUCUUGUGAAAUAUGAACCUAAACCUAUUCUUCUGAAGUAUGAACUUGAACCUGCUCUUUUAAAAAUGUGAACCUUAGCCUGAUCUUGUGAAAUAUGAACCUGACCGAGUGAAAUAUCAACCUGAUCUUGUGAAAUAUCAACCUGAUCUUGUGGAAUAUGAACCAAAACCUCUGGAAUAUGAACCUAAUCUUGUGAAAUAUGAACCUGAUCUUGUGAAAUAUGAACCUGAUCUUGUGAAAUAUGAACCUGAUCUUGUGAAAUAUGACCCUGAUCUUGUGGAAUAUGAACCUGAUCUUGUGAAAUAUGAACCUGAUCCUGUGAAAUAUGAACCUGAUCCUGUAAAAUAUGAACCUGAUGAUUCAGUAUAUUUUAUCAAGAAAUAAUAACACACCUUGUAAAAAGUUAAAGCUCUGAUGGGUGAAAUUGACUAGGGACCAGCACAUCCUUAGCAAUUCUCUUUGAUUAAUUAAUUAAUUGAAUAAUAUUAAACCAUUAU